AUGAAUCGCAACGAGAUCGGAAAUAUGUCUGACCAGUUAGCCGAAACUGUGGAGGACGAUAGCUCCGUCACAAUGCUCGAUGUUCUCCAGGUAGAAAAUCAGCUCGAAGAGGAUGCAUAUGCCGUUCUAGGCGCAUCCGACGACCAGAAUUGUACUUACAGUAAGGGAUAUAUAAGACAGGCGUUGUAUGCGUGUAAAACAUGUUGCUUAGACAAAAUUCGAGCUGCCGUCUGUUUGGCAUGUAGUUUUCACUGUCAUGAAGGCCAUGAACUUGUAGAACUGUAUACAAAGCGACACUUCAGAUGCGACUGUGGAAAUACUAAGUUUGAUGGCAAACAAUGUAAUCUAGAGAAACUAAAAUCUGCUACCAAUACUGAAAAUAAAUACAAUCAAAAUUUUGAUGGUGUUUAUUGCACCUGCGCAAGACCAUAUCCUGAUCCAGAAGGUGAUGAGGAUGACAUGCUGCAAUGUAUAAUAUGUGAGGAUUGGUAUCAUUUGAAGCAUUUGGAAUGCGACAACAGUACACCAGCAGAUAAUGCUUAUGAUGAAAUGAUAUGUGCAGGCUGUAUGAAGAAACACAACUUUCUGUGGAAAUAUGCAACAAAACAUGCAGUCCUAAAGAGAGCAGAUGUGAAAUUGGAUGUAUCUGAAAAAAAUGAAGAGAUAAACAUCAGUGAAUUGUCCAAAGGAUGUCAAAUGCCAAAAUUUAACUAUGCAGAUACUAAAGGAAGCUGUUUUUGGAUGGAAGGUUGGAGAACCGCACUGUGUACUUGCGACGAAUGCAAAUCGUUAUAUAAUGCAAAAGGCAUUGCAUUUUUACUUGACCCAAAAGACAGUGUACAAGCAUAUGAAGAAGCAGGAAAAAUGAACAAGCAGGAAUCUCAGUAUGAAAAAGGCAUGAAAGCUCUUGCCAGCAUGGGGCAUGUACAAAAGCUGACAGCGAUUGAAGAAUAUAACAAUAUGAAAGAACGGCUAAUGCAAUACCUACAGAAAUUUGCUGAAAACAAGAAAGUUGUACGUGAAGAAGAUAUUAAAGAAUUCUUUUCGGAAAUGGAAUCCAAAAAACGUCCUAAAGUGACAGUGCCAACAUAUUGUCGUUAAAAACUUAUAUUUAUACAGGGUGUCCCACAAUUUUUGACAAAGCGCUUUUGUGUUGCUAGAGCUAACUAAACUGAGUCGAAAAGUUCUGUACUAUUUUGCAAUUUUUGAAAUAGUUAACGAAAUUUAUGAAAGUAGCCAAAUUCGUCCGGUCUACCGUCAAAUGUAAGCGGAUGGCGAGAUAAGACCGUCCAACGAGGCGCGCGUUUGCUGUUGCUAGGCACGUUAAUGCCAAUGUCGCUUAUAAACAAUGUGCCUAGCGACGAAGAACAUGCAUCUCUGCAGUGGUGCCAGAUUCUGGUUUGCGCCAGUGAUGAAAAUUUGGCUCCGCGUAACACAGAAUCAGUCGCUCCACUUUUGCCCCACCAAGUGCCACCACGCUUCAGGCAAAAAGGAAGGUGAAAAGGGUACCCUGCUAUCGCUGCUUCGCUCACUCAGCGCCGAAGCUAGUCGAGCGUGACAUUACUUGGUGGAGCAAAAGUGGAGGGACUGAUUCUCUGUGUUGCGUGGAGCCAAAUUUCCAUCACAGGCUUGUGCUACCUCUUGGUGGGGGAAGAGUGGAGGUAGUUGCCGAUAGCUAUAACUUCAUAGCAACUACUAUGACAAUACCCCAAUUCUUCCCUUACCACGUGUUACCAAGUGGUAACGCAAGCUAGAAUCUGGCAUAACUGUCUCUCUGGGCGGUCUUAUUUCGCCGCACGUUUGCAUUUGGCGGUAGGCUGGGCGAAUUUGGCUAUUUUCAUAAAUUUAUAUCUCGUUAACAAUUUUGAAAAUUGCAAAAUGGUAGAGAACUUCUCGACCAGUUUAGUUCGCUCUAUCUACACAAAAGAGCUUUGCAAAAAAUUACGUGACACUCUGUACAGCCAGUCACAGAAAGGUUGCAACACUUUUUUUUAUGGGUUUCGGAAUGCCGCCUACUCACCAAGCGAUUGGUUCUUAUUUGUGGAUCCAUGAAUAAGAACCAAUCGCUCGGUGAACAAGCUGCAUUCCGAAACCCAUCGAAAAAAAAGUGUUGCAAUCUUUCUGUGACCGGUUGUAUAUACCCCUAUAGUUAACAAUGAUCUAAACAAAAAUAGGCAUUUUAUUGUUUCUAGCAGGAUAUUUUGAGUUUUGAGAAUUUCAUAUCUAAUGUUUAAUUGGUACACAUGUCACUACAUUGAAAAAUCUCCAUAUAUAUCUUGAAUCCAUAUAUAUAUGUAUUGAAAAAUUUCCAUAUAUAAUUACAGGAAAAGAUGAAAAGAAAUGUGAAGAAACUUGCAGAUAUAAAUAUAAUGUCAAAGAAAGA